AUGAGCCCGAGAUCGGAAGAUGCGACUGCGUCGACGCCGGCCAAGAAGGUCCGUCUAGCGUGUCGGCGAUGCAGAGCUAAACGAAUCAAGUGUGAUGGCGGCAUUCCAGCGUGCUCGAACUGUGCCCGUGCUAAAGAAAGCUGUGUCGAUGUCGAUGGGCGCAACAAUGACAUUUCCAUCCCACGCGACUAUGCCGUACGCUGUCACGCACGGAUCGAAUGGCUCGAAGAGCAACUCUUGCUUUUAGAUCCAGAUUUUGACCUCUCCAAGGCACCGCCGGUAGAUCAAUCAUCGUUGCCAAAUACCGUCCCACGUAGAACGCCAUCGACUACUCCGACGGGGAGUACAGAACACGCGGAGCUGCCCGCGUCAUGCGCGCAGCAAGCGGCUGAAAAGGAGGCUGGUACCCCAUCGGCCGAAGCACGCUCUGUAGCCAUGGACCUGGGGAUGCUAUCACUCCACUCCGACUCGCGACAGAAAUACUACCUGGGGUCGUCUUCCGGCCUGUUCUUCACGAAAUUGAUUGGGGCCGAUAGCCCUCUCUCACCAGCUACCUCCAACUCGUCGUACGGGGCGUGGGGGAAUUCGAAACGCCGCACUGCCCCAGGUCCCUCGCCUGAGGCGUAUCGUUUGUUGUACAACAAACUUAGAAGGGACUUACCUUCGCCCGACGAAGCCAACCAUCUGAUUGGUAUAUACCUUCAAGAGCUCCAUGUCGAUCACCCUUUCCUCCACGCCACCUCUCUGUUCAACGCGUACAACGCACUGUGGUUCUGCGCGGAACGCGGGUACCAAGGGAAUGUGAACCUCAACGGGUGGCCGGAGGAGAUGGAGCCAUUCUCGUACAACGGGCGAUUCGACCAGGUGGCUGACGCCGACAUGACGCCCAUCUCCAUCUUCGCCGCCGCGCUCCACGUGUUCAUGGUGCUAUCCCUUGCGGCGACGAUCCUCACGCGGAACAAGAAUUUCGAGUACCCGCCCGCCCGGUUCUACGCGAUCGCCUCCACGGCCGCAGCCGAGUGCCUGAGCGGCAUUUCCGUGACGGCCCUGCAAAGCAUCCUCCUGUUCAUCGUACAGGGGAUGGUGGGACCCACCAACCUGAGCAUCUGGACCUUGGUGCAUAUUGCCAUGUCGCAUGCGAUUGAUCUCGGGCUGCAUCGGGAGCCGAAAGACGAGGCGGACAAUUCGCCCACCGCCCUUGCUUUACGACGGCUGAUCUUCUACACCGUCUACAACCUCGACCGAUCCAUCUCCACAAUCCAGGGCCGACCGCUUGGCAUCCGCGAUGAGACCUUCGACAUCCGGCUGCCAGGUCUCAAUGAAUUCGUCGUCGACGAAACCGCCAGCACCAACGCCAACAGCCACUCGGAGCUGCGCUUCUCCAUCCACCGCUUCAAGCUGGACGCAUUGAUCUCCGAGAUCAAGAUCCUGCUCUACCACCUCCCCAACCGCGGCAACGCCCUGUCGUGGCCGACCGACACGGCCGGAGAACAAGCGCGCAUCAAGAAGGAUCUCGACCAGUGGCUCGCCGACGUCCGGGCCACCCGCGCCCCCUCGGAGGAGCUCACCACCACCACCACCACCCACCACGACGAGGACCACGUCUUCAAGCACCAGUGCAAGAUCAUGAAGCUCGAGGUCCUAUACCACGGGGCCAUCACGCUGCUCUACCAGCCGUCGCAGGCGUUCCCGUCGCCCACCGCCGCCGCCCUCCUGCACUGCUACCGCAGCUCCCGCGACCGGAUCCACAUCUACAACCGCCUCAACACCCAGGAGCAUCUCUACUACACGUGGCGCAACAUCCACGGGAUCUUCGCAUCGGGCGCGACCAUCAUCUACUGCUUCUGGGCCUCCUCAGAGCUGCAGGCGGUCGUCCCCUUCAAAGAGGCCCUGCAGUGUCUGCGCGUGUGCUCCAACCUCCUCAGCAUCGGCGGCCAGUGGUGGCCCUCCGUGCGCCACGGCAAGGAGAACUUCGACCGCAUCGUCGACCUCACCGUCGAGCGGUUGAGCCAGAAGCACCACCACCACCAGCAGCUGCUGCAGCAGCAGCAGUCAAGUGCGACCGGGGGGAAUACGCUCCUGGACCCCAUGACCAGCGCAGUCGACGGCGGCCCGUUCCAGCCGGCUUACCCGCCGGUGCCGACCGACGGGGCCACCCCCAACAUGCAGCAGCAGCAGCACCAACAAGAGGCAGUGGAGAACCUGUUCGGUUUAUCGUCGGUCACGUGCGAUGCCGGGCUCGGUGGCGGCCAGGAUCUGGAGAUAGCGGCGCAGCACGAUCCCAUUAUGGAGAGCUUUUUCACCGAGUACCUGCAGGGCGACUGGAGCUGGGAUCCGUUUUCGACGGGGGUGGAGCCGCUGCCCUGACGGUCGGUCGGAUAGGAAUGCAGUGGACUCGGCUGUACUGUGCCCUACCUACCCUCUCGGCCCGGCGGGCUCCGAUGAGACCGCGUCACCACUCGACGGUCUUGUAGAUGAUAGUGGUAGCCGGGCAGGGGGAAAUCCAGAUUAUUAUGGUUGCAGGGGGAAAGAGAAGCCAGGGCGAGUCAGAUCCCAGGCUGUCUUUAUUGUGCUCUUGUGCGAUUACCAAGAUAACACGUCCUCGAGACUCAAUUGCCAACCAUCGCGCCUCUUCCGUUAUGGCACGAGCGCGAAGGGGGAAGAGAGCCUGUAAGACCGGGGGGUUGAGCUCUCCGGUAGAAGCUCGGCCUUGGCUCAGGCCACGACCGUGCAAGCCACUUAGAAAUUGGCUCCACAGCACCGGUGGGGUAGCAGCAGG